CCCCAAACCCACGUUGGUUCCUGAGCGCUCGGACAUGGAAAUGCCCCAAGGCCGUCCGCCCUGACCGCUCAGGGACCACCCCCACCCGCCAGGGGGCGCCACUCCACACGCCGGCCCCUUCCGCCAGUGCCGCCCGUCAAUGGCGCCCGGGCUCGUCCCCGUCUCCGUCCCCGUCCCCCCGUGUGUCCCGCAGCGGGCAUGGCGCCCGGGCCCGUCCCGUCCCGUGCCGUGUGCCCGCCCCCGUGCCGUGUGCCCCGCGGCGGGCGGGCGGGGCACAGGGAAGCUGGUGGAUUUGGCGGAAUCACGUGGCGCGGUCCCUGCUGGCGGGCGGGACGGUGGCCGGGAGGGUUUCCCGGGCAACGGCGCCGCCGGCGAGCGGGGCGGCCCUGGCCGAGCGGGGCCCGGCGCGGUGCAGGUACGCGCCCGGCGCCCGGGCAGCGCUCGGCUCCGAGCCGCGGCCAGUUCCCUCUCCCGCUGCUCCCCGGGGCGCCCGUCGGGCCUUGGAGCCGAGCCCUGCCCGCCCGUCCCCGAACCCCCGCGCGGCCGUGCGCCAACCGCGUGUGUGCUCCAGGGAAAGCCGGAGGAGGAGGAAGAGGAUCAGGUCACGGCUGGGAUGAUGAAAAGAGAUAUCGUCCAAAUGCUUACAUAAGGAUAUCGUGCUGAAUUCAACGCCUGGGCAGUCUGCUAUAAAACUUCUUUUUUUUAACUGCCAAAGCCAAAGUGUCGGGUGGUCUAUGGAUGGAUAAGGAGUGAAAGCAGGAAACAGUUGUCACAACUCGCCUGUCAAAAUCAAUUUACUAGUUUUUAGACUCAGUUGUUCGGAAGGUAAAAUCCAGUUGCAAAUUAUGGCUCAUCGAUUUUCAAAAGAAGAAUUAGAUGAGCAGUUUGAAGAGUUUCUGAAAGAGUCUCUUUCAGAUGAUUCACUUGGAAAUUCAAAGAAAAAGUCCAGCAUUCUUGAGAAAUUGGGACAGCCCAGGAAAAAAGAAAAGAAGAAAAAGGAUUCAGUGCCCUGGUGGUUAUCUGAGGAAGACUCAGAUGAUGAUCUUCAAAUAAAAUUUGUUAAAGUGAGAAAAGAGAAGAAACUGACAGAAAGCCAUGCUGAAGUAGUGGAAAAAACUGAACAAAAGAGUCCCCAUUCAGAUUCCCAGUCUGACUUAGAAGUAGUUCCCUCUAAAUCUUCCAGUGCAUCUCGCAGCAAGGCUUUGUCUAAAUCCAAAAUGUUGGAAAAAUUUCAUAAGGACAAGAAAUAUUCAUACUUAAAUAAAGAAGACGGAGCCCUCGCUUCUGACAGUCCAGACAAUUCUGAGGGAAUGCUUGAAGGCAAUGGAAACUUUGUCAAGUUGCAGAACACUUCACAGCUUGUGGGAAAAAGUCAUGAAAAUAUGGAUGUGGAAAAGAUGCAGCUUGAGAAAAGUAAUGGAGAUGCUGCUUCUCUGAGUAGAGACAGCCUGGAAGCAAAUGAUUCAAUUUUAGCUUCUGGGCCUAAUCAAAGUAUCGUGGGAGUUGGAUUGGAUACCUUGGAAGAGCAAGAAGAAAAAGAGAUCUUCUUUGCCAAGCUUGAACGAGAAGCUUCCUCUACUAUUGAUUAUUCAAGAUUAAAUAAAGAGCUGGAUUCCAAUGAUUCUGUCAUACUUGCACCACUUGCAAGAAAUGAAAGUGCUGAAAAAGAAGAAGAAGAACCUGCACAUGAAGAGAAAUCUGGUAGCUACAGUGAAGAUUUUGAAGAAGAAACAGAUACUAAUCCUGCCCUUAAAACUGAGGGAGAUCAGGUGAAUCAAAACAUCGUGUCAGAAGUUGAUUUAAUUCCUCAAGAACAGGAAGAAGCAAACACUGGCAUGCUGGCUAAAGUUGUAUUGCUUGAUUCACAAGAUUCUACUGUAGAGCUUCAGAAGGCCAUUGAAGCAUCAGAUGUAGCUCCAAGUGAAAAUGAUCAGCCUGAAGAAGUCAGUGCAGUUGAAAUUAAUGAAGCAGGUUCUUCCUAUGGACAAGCUACCAAUGACAUGGAAGCACUAUACCAGGCAUAUCAUCACGUUGAUCAGUCUUUGGGGGACACUGCUGAUCAGAAACAGCACAAUGCUGCAGUGGCAGUCUCAGAAGGCUUAGGGCAGAGCAUUUCACAAAAUAAUGACAUCUAUGCGAAAAACAUGUCAACUGUUGAUUCAGAUUUACCUACUGUGGAAGAAUUGAUGAAAACAAUUACAGGACAUAUGUGUAAUACCAGAAAUUUUGAUGUGGACCUUGAACGUCCUGUGAAACUGGUAGGCAGCACAGACAAUGAUCUCAUUAGCCACUCGCCCUUUGAAGACCCCCAAAGUAAUGCAUCUUGGGAGAAAAACUUAGUUGAAAAGUUUAACAGAGAAGAAAGCAUCUUUCUGCAGACAAGCGUGAAUGACAAUAACUUUCAGAGGAUGACUGAGAAUGAAAUUCAGACCAGUGAAGUACAGCCUGAUGUACUAAGAGAAAAAAUAGGACAAGACUCUCUGCUUUCACAAGGAAGCAAAACUAAAAAAGCUCUUCGGUCUUGUUCCUUGAAGAAUGAAAAAUCAGAACCAAUGUCAACCAAACCAAUGUUACAUAAGAAUAUUAGAAGUCCAGCACCUGUACAUAAAAAGAAACCUUCACACGGUCCUCAUGGACUGGUUAGAAGUUCUGGCUAUGGGAAGCCCAGUUUACUUUCAAAGCAGUCUUUUCCAGUCAGUGAAAAGAAAACACCAAAAGAAACUUUCAAAAAGACCUGUAUGAAAGCCAAAAGUCCUGCAGAUAGAGCAAAAUCUAAAGAAGCCUUAUUUGCUACUAGGAUAAUAAGAUCUGCAGCAAAUGAACCAACUUUGGAGGGAAGUAUUAACAGAGUUUUGUCUGGCCAAUCAGUUGUUAGUAAUCUUGGACAUCAAGCUGUGGAUUAUAACAGGCAAUAUCAUCAUGACUUAUCAUUUUCCCCUUUCAAAAGCUGUGAUAGAGAGCUGUAUUUGUUAAAACGAGUACAAGCAGCAGAGGAGGACCUGAGCAGAGCUCGGGAUUUGAUUCAGCAGCUGGCCAGCAAGCUUUCACAAAAAGAGAAGGAGAUGGAGACCAAGGUAGUGGAACUGAAAACAGAGCAUGAAAAGGAGCUUUCCCGUCUGGGUCAGGAAAACUAUGUUCUUCAGAGCAAGCUAAGAAGUAUGGAAGAGAUUACCCAAGAAAAGAGGUGGACCCAUGCAGCAACAAUUCCUAUAACUGAGGAAAAACUGGCCCAAAUACAAAAAGAGAUUGAGGAUCAAGAGGUCAUUAUUCAAGGUUACCAACAGGAAAAUGAGAGGUUGUACAAACAAAUGAAAGAGCUACAAAUUCAAAACAAAAAAAACGAGGAACGAAUGUUUAAGGAGAAUCAGUGCUUAAAGUCUGAAUUAAUACAGUUAAGAGAAAAGAUAGAGAAGAUGAACAAUCAGUCACGAGCCAUGCAGGAUUCUGAACCAGCCAGAAAUCAGAGUUUCACAGAAUUGAUUUCAGAGCUUCGAGCAGCACAGAAAGAAGAAGCUAAAUUACAAGAAGAGAUAAGACGUCUAAAACAAGAUAAGCAAGCUCUUGAGGUAGACUUGGUACAAGCUAAGAAAGAGAGAGAAUUAGCCAAAGUCCAGAUUGCAUCUGCAUCAAGUGAAAAGUCUUAUGAAUUUAAAGUUAUGGAAGAAUCAUACAAACAGGAAAUUACUCAUUUAAAAAAAAGACUUCAGUGGUAUGCAGAAAAUCAAGAUCUUCUGGAUAAAGAUGCAGCCCGUCUUAAAGAUGCAAGAGGAGAAAUUGAGAAACUAAGACUAGAGGUUGAGAAGCUCAGAGCUGAAGCAGGGGAUCAAUGUGUGCAACAGAAGAAACGUUUGCGAGACAGAGCAGCAGAUGCUAAAAGAAUUCAAGAUCUUGAGCGACAAAUCAGAGAAAUGGAAGGAAUUCUAAAAAGAAGGUAUCCAAAUUCUUUGCCUGCUUUGAUUUUUGCUGCUGCUGCUGCUGAGAAAACAAAUGAUCUUUCAGCUAAAACAAACACAGUUGAAUUUUUGGAGAGAAGAAUAAAGAAAUUAGAAACAGAACUUGAAGGUAAAGAUGAUGAAGCUAAGAAAAGCCUUCGUGCCAUGGAACAACAGUUUCAAAAAAUUAAGAUACAGUAUGAACAAAGACUUGCAGAGCUUGAGCAACUACUUGCCUAUGAGUUUAUGAAUGAAACACCAAAACUGAAUGGUGAUAAAGCCACUUCUACAGAACUUGAACAGGAGCUUCAGAAUCUAAAGAAGACCCAUCAGAUCACUGUUGGAAACCUCCAAACAGAAAUUGAAAAUCUUAAAAGUCAAAAUUCCCAGUUAAAACUCAGAAGUAAAAAUGAUAAUAAAGACUUAGAGCCUCUGGACUCCAAAAUGAAACAAGGUAACACAAAAGACAGGUUGUUAAAACUGAAUGAAGAGCUGGUCACCAAAAAUAAAGAAAUACAAGACCUCACAAAAACUGUGGAGAAACUUCAAAAAGAAAGGAUGGUGAUGUUGUCUGAUAAUAAUUUGAGAAAUAAAACAAACACUAAUGGGAACUCUACAGAGGUCUUGAAAAAGAAUACCUCAGCAACAGAUAGAAGGAAUUCCAACAACACUGAACCCUGUCUAAGCGUUUUCAAUGAUGACAAAACACACCAACCACAUACCUUUUCUGAUUCUCAUCUCUCGGAAGUUCUGCAAGAAAAUGCCCAUCUGAAAGAGGAACUGGAGAAACUGUCCCUGGAAAUGAGCCAGCAGCGGGUGAAGUCUCAAGCAGCACUGGCUUAUUCUGAAAGCAACAUGCGAAGGAUGCAGGAAGACACAGCAGAAUACAUUGCAUCUCUGAAAGCUUCCCACCAGAGGGAAGUCGAGAAGAUAGUUUGCCAGCAUGCAAAGGAACAUUCUACUUCUAAAGUAGCUGAACUAAAGAACAGAAUUUCAGCACAGGAGAUAUUAAUAAAACAUCUUCAAGAACAACUUGGUGAACAAGAGAGACGUCAAGAAGCUCUUUUAGUUUCACAGAUAAGAGAGCAACUCCUACAAAAAGAGGUGACAAAAUUGUUGGAAGAACUGAGAGAGGCUAGGGAGAGCCAGAGUCCAGAAAUGAAACAUUUCUUGUGCCUGGAAAAGAAAAUCAAGCAUAUAGAGAGCAGAUACGCAGAAAGAGAGCAUGAAAUUCAAAAGGCAACCCAACUAAGACAGCAUAUUUCUGAAGUAAGGCAAACCCAGGAGGUUGAGAAGUGGAGAAGGCUGGCACAGCAGAAGAAUCAGGAACUGGAGAAAUUUCGAAUGGAGCUGGAUUCAAUACUGGAUGUUUUACGUGAACUGCAGAAACAAGGGGUUGUUAUUCCUGCACCUGAUUCCAGUGGAUUCAGAGUGACAGACAGCUGUUAGAAGACAUGAUUAGGUAGUAGUAGAAAU